AUGGUAACGUUUCUACUGCUGACUUUGGCAUUUGAUCUGACUCAUGCUCAAGCUGAGCUUGAAGGAAAGUGGAUUACCAUUGCCGGUGCUGCUGACAAUGUGGAUAAGAUAGAGGAAGGAGGACCUUUGAGAUUCUACUUUCGUGAACUUACUUGUAAUGAGGAAUGCAGUCAAAUGGAAAUCAUACUUUAUGUCAAUGCAAAUAACCAAUGUUCACAGACCAAAAUCACUGCAUAUAGGCAAGAAGACGGUAACUACAGAUCCCAGUUUGAAGGUGAUAAUGUAUUUAAACCUCUGUUUGCAACAGAAGACAUCAUAUUUUUUGCUGGUGAAAAUGUGGAUAGAGCCAGCCGGAAAACAAAAUUGAUUUUUGUUCUUGGGAAAGGUCAACCCUUGACUCCUGAGCAACAUGAGAGACUUGAGACAUAUGCUGAGGAACGUAGCAUUCCACCAGAAAACAUUCGAGAUGUUCUGGCUACAGAAAUAAAAGAAAGAACUGCAGAGCUGCACAAGCUUUGCUCCUCGGCUGAUGUGGACAUGAUUCACCUGAAGCUGAAGAUGCAGGGCUGCAUCUCUGUGCAGGUCAAUGUUGGUUCAUUAGCCUAUGCAAAGGCUUUCUUAAAUGAAAGUCAAGCUACCGAGUACCCACCUAAGAAAGUGAAUGAGUUGAAAGACAUGUUUAGAGAAGACUCGGAAGGCAAGGAAGCUUUUUGCUCCUCUUACUGUCUGCAUAUCACCCUCACCUUUUAG